ACUCUCCAAUCAAAAUCAGCAAACAAGCCAACGCCUCCGUCAUUCCUCCCCAAUCCCAAUCCGCCAGAGAUUCAGAGAGCGGAAACAGCCACUCGGGUAGGAACACUCUGGAAGCUUCGAGAAGCCUCCCGCACGGAGACAUGGAGACAGACGAGCAGAAGCCGAGGCCCGACCAGCUCCUCCUCGCGCUGCGCUGCUCCAAGGCGUCGCUCCUCCUCUCCUCCCUCCGCCACCCACCACGCCCGACGACGAGCCGCCGGAGUUCCUCCUCCUCCUCCUCCGUGGAGUUCGAGCUCCGGAACGCGCGCCUCAUCGACGUCGACCUCGCGGCCGCACGGCGCGAGGCCACCGGAAACACGCGAACAUCCGCUACCGAGCUUCUCCUCGUCAUCGCUCUGGCCCCACUCAUCCUCCUCUUCGUCGCGCUUCUACUAGCGGCAGCGGCCGUGUAGGCGGCGGCGCGCGUAAGGGAUCGCUUGAUCCGCGUGCCAAUUGCCGACGUCGUGAGGUUAUGCGGCGACAAAAUCCAGUGACGCUGUGUUUAACUUCCCCUUCAUGGACUCCGUAAGUUGCCGCUGUUGUAUUGCUUUUCAAUCGAGAAGGGAACAGGUACGGGAAUUGUGUUUUGGGCCUGCUCAUCCAUCAGUUUUGGUGGGAUCCAUAGAUGUGCGUUACGUGUUCGAUCAAAUGCUUGCUCGUCUGUAGAUGUCUGUACAAAGCAAGGCCUCGUUGUAGUGGUAAUUAGGAAUGAAACCAAAUCAUGCCGUAAGAGACGAUGGCUGUCUCAUUCAGUUACAUCAAUUUGCUCUUUCUGAUUGAUGCAUAUGCAGAAAUAAUGCACGGAUAUAUCCCUUGCAGCGUUAUUGCCAUGAAUCAUAGAUUGUGAAAUUGUGAAGUUGCUAGUAUAUGAUUUUGCUUUGAAGUGAAACAUGAAGACAUGCCGUAAGAGACGAUGGCUGUCUCCUUCAGUUACA